AUGAAUAUUAUGAAUUUUAAUAAUAAUUUAUUUAAUUUAAAAAAUAAUUUUAUAAAUAAAAAAUAUAAAUAUUAUAAUAAUAAAAAAAUUAAAUUAAUUAUAAAAAAAUCAUAUCAAUUUAUUAUAAAUAAUUACUUAAAAUUAAAUGGUAUUAUAAAAAAAUUAAAAUUAAUUUUUUUUAAUACAAUUAAUUAUAAAAUAUUUAAUAUAGAUAAAAAAAAUAAAGAAUAUAUAUAUUUAUUAAUAAGAAUAAAAGGAAAUUAUUUAUAUUGCUUUUUUAUAAAUAAAAAAAUAUAA